ACCAGGAGCUGCCUUUCAGCACCACCACAACUGGACCACUUCAUCCUUACCCUGAAGCUGAUCUAUUAACCGGGAGCUACUCUUUCAGCACCAUUGUAACUGGAUCACUUCAUCCCUACCCUGAAGCUGAUAUAAUUUCCCAGAGCUGCCCUUUCAGCACCACCACAACUGGACCACUUUAUCCCUACCCCGAAGCUGACAUAAUUCCCAGAGCUGCCCUUUCAGCACCGUGGCAACUGGACCACUUCAUCCCUGCUCUGAAGCUGAUUUUACUAUCGGGAACAGGGGAGCUGUCCUUUCAGCCCCACUGCAAAUGGAUCACUUCAUGCAGAAGGAGGUGAUGCUGGAAAAGCUAAAAUGAGCAGGGUUUUACCCUUGAAUUCUUGGCCACUUUCUCUGACCAGCCAGUCCAAGCUCUUAUGUGUUCUUCUUCUUGUAGAAAUACUGUAAGAGAGGGGGAACCUUCCCAACCCUAAAGCACCUUUUUUCCCUUUUUUUAAAAAAUCCAGAACAAGCUGAUUAUUUGGGACCUGUUAUGACACUAUUACAUGCUUGAUACAUUUCUGGAGCAGAUGGAAUUUUAAAAAGUGUUAAGAUCUUUUUCCAAUGAACGGACCUGGAGCUUUCUGUCCCUGGCUGGAUUACUCAGAGAGUGGCAAUGGUCUCGGCAAUGUCUUGGGUCUUGUAUUUGUGGAUAAGUGCUUGCGCGUUGCUGCUCUGUCAGGGAUCUCUUCAUCACAGUUUCCAGCAACAUCACUUGCAUCAAUCAGGAUUUACUUCAGGACACUUCCCCAAUCACAGGAAACUGGGAGAGAUAGAAGGAGGAACUUGUGAAGUUAUAGCUGCGCACAGAUGCUGCAAUAAGAAUCGCAUCGAGGAACGCUCACAGACCGUGAAAUGUUCUUGUCUUCCUGGAAAAGUAGCCGGAACAACAAGAAACAGGCCCUCUUGUGUUGACGCUUCCAUAGUUAUUGGGAAAUGGUGGUGUGAAAUGGAACCUUGUUUAGAAGGAGAAGAAUGUAAAACCCUUCCUGAUAACUCGGGAUGGAUGUGUGCAACCGGCAAUAAGAUCAAAACCACAAGAUUUCAGGGUCACUUAUGACCAACUUGAUGCAAGGCAGGAUGGCAUCUGAGAGGCCCUGAAACCUUAUUCAUCCGAAAUCCUAAUCAUCUCCUGACAGAUAACACAGUGAUCAGCUGACAGGAAGAAGAACAGGCCAUCUUAAAUCUUACAGACUAUAUUAAGGAUUUACAAGCCAAAUGGAUAUUUUUCUUGCACUUUGAAUUUUCAAAACAAAAACAUUUAGUGAUUUCAAUAAUGUGAAAUGAAAUGACUCACAGUAAGAGCAAAAAUGUAUUUUAGAUUUUGACAAGGAUGGCAGAAACUUUGGAAUGUGUUGGUGGUGGAGCUUGAAACUUGGGUUUCUAGACUUGACACAAUCUGAAAAUCAUGUAUAUAUUCCCCGCCUCGUAAAUCAGUGGAAGGCUCUUUCUGUUUUUUUUUUAUGCUUUGGAACGCUAUCAUAUUUGUAUCACUGAAGCAAAAAAAGAUAAGGAUCAACCUACCCAAGAACUUGGAGCUGAAAAACAUGUGGAAUCAAGAUCUUCCUUUUAUUCUUGAUCAACAUGCUGAUUAAAUCUAUUGAUUUUUUUCCCUUUUAUUUUUUUCCUGAGACUUUCUACCCAUGUGUGAUAAUAGCAUGCAGACUAUAACCAUGUCCAUGUUUUUAUUAUUAAACUGACAAACUUUAUGUUGAUGGCUCGGCCAUCUUCCAGUUAAGUAUAUACUUAUGUUUAGGAAGAUCCACAAGAAAGAUGAGCAUGGAAGACUUACCAUAAGCAUUUCUAUUGCACAUUCACUUUUGAGAGCAAUAGCUUAUGAUGGGUUGGUUUGCAUUAAAGGUGUAAAUAGAAAUAAUAGUUGAAGGUUUUUUUCUGGGGCUGUAUGCAAGAAUCCUUAUCUGACUCCACAAUGUUUGCAAUUGCUUAUCCCUUUGAAGAAAAAAAAUAAUCUUCCUUAACAUCAUUUGGUUUGUUGCUUUUUUUAAUGCCUAAUAACGCUUAUAUGGAGUUUGAAAAUUCACGUUCUUACAUUUGAAAGGGAUUUUAAUUUAUUGAUGGGUUAAUUUAAGCUGCAAUAUUUCUCCUACUUCUGGAUAAUAUCAUUAAACGUGUAUAACUUCUUA